GUGUCAUUGAGAACAGGAAGCUGCUGCUGAUCUCUAACGAAGACAACUAUACAAAUAAAAUCAAAGAAUCAGCAUCCACCAUGACGAACCGAAUGCCUGCACUACUAUUACUAGUUGCGUUGCUUUUCGCCGAGUUUGUGCUUGCUAAUGGAUUUCUUCCUUCAGCAGCACUAGUAAUCACUACUCCCACGCGCCGCCUGACGACGCACAAUUCUCGCCUUGCCGAGGACACACCCGACGCCAUCGAUCGUCCCGUGAUUGCGGGUGUGAUUGCACCACUGGUCUACAAAGGUCCCUAUGCUUGUUUGUCGCUGCGGUUUCCCAACUGGAACAAUGCCGUGUGGGACUUUGUCGUCGACACGGGCGCCAAUGUAAACAGUAUCGACAAGAAACUGGCAGAACAAAAUGGAAUGCCCCAGCUCCAAGGCAUUCCACAACCAUUGGCAACGAGCGGUGUGGGCGGAAGCUUUGCUCCAGGAGAGUUGGUCCUGUUGGGCGAUUGUGCGUUGGCGGGACUUCCACCCGCACAGAGCCACAUGCUCUUUCUUCGCAAUCUGACGGCGUCGGCGCUUCCACAUGCGGGUCCUACAGCGGGGUUGUUGGGAUCGUCCUUUGUCGGCAUGUUUGCGGGAGUCGAAUUCGAUUGGUAUGGAACCGACGGGGAUCCUCCUACCAUGGGCUUUUACUUUGGAAAGUCGCCGCUGCCAUUGAGUGUCACCCAAGGCAUGGUCCGAGUGCCCCUUCAAUCAGGAGGAUUGGGACUCUUUAUCGUUUCGACCACAGUCAAUGGCGUCGAGAUUCCGGCUUUGGUGGACACGGGAUCACCCAUCACCAUACUCACAAAGCAAGCAGCCGAAACGAUUGGAAUGCAAACAGUGUUGUCGCCGACUCACGACACUGGAACAUUCGACAAUAAUAGGCAUCAUCCAAGACCACGACAACGACAACAGCAAGCCAUUGGGGACCCCUCCCUCCAAGUUGGCGGCGUGGAUGGCAGGCCCAUGCAGCUUCAGCGGUCCGAAUCAACAGCCAAUACUAUUCAGGUCGGAAGUCUAACUCUCGGAGAAGGUCCAGUGUACAUUGGAAAUGUUCCGGCACUUUCCUUUUUGGAGCAAACAGCCGAGUGGCUUCAGGACAAGACGAGGACGAUGGACCCACCAGUGGCGAUUCUAGGACUGGAUUUCUUGCGCAAGGCGUAUCGAAUCAUCAUUGUGAGCGCCAGUCACAACAACAAUGCCGCCAGUGAGCUAUGGCUGGAUCCCAUGGAUGAUUCCAAACCAAAGUAUAAAGCUACCAACUAGCUAACAGCCAGGGCACCCUGUUUGUCACCGUACGGUAGUCGUGGUGGAAUGUGCAAUAUACGUAUCCAAGUAUCGUAUAGUCCGCUUCGCUUUCAACGAGAUGUUAAACUGUAGCUCCAACAAACUACUAUGCUCCUCCUGUGGGGAUCUUUUGACGACUUUUCAAAGAUUCCCAUUGCAACACUACCAGACAUGAUAGAUCCACGACCGCCAGAAAAGAGAAAUUAGAAUUCAAUAGAAAUGUUCGCCAUCAACAACGAAUAUGUUCAUUCCUCUGGAACUGCAUUGGCUGCAAUCCUAUCCCACAUCUCGUCAUUGCUGGUCUGCCUGCUGGACCGAAAGGCAGUAGAGCCUACUAGCUAGGUAGUACCUGUACCGGUAGCAAUUGGAGUUAGAAGCACAUCAACCUAUGCCAGGAUCGUCGUGACACGAAGACAUCCUCAACGCAAGAUGUAGCAAUCGAAACGAGGAGGCUCGCAACACAGUUUUGCCAUGACCGACGCAAAGAGCUAAAGAUCUGGCGUUCUUGAUCCGCCAUCGGCUUCUUUGCUUUGCAAUUGGCAGCUAAAGAUGUUCCUCGUCUUAUUCCCUCUUCCCCUACUCUCUACUGCUCCGUGUCCGGUUCGAGUUGGUGCCGAAUCUGUGGGUUGGGGGUUCGUUUGGCAGGUCAUGGUGCCAAUUAGUUCGUGUCAUAAAUUAGGGGCGAGAGGUCAAUCUUCCCGUUGUGGUGAAAAACGAGUGCCUG